AUGCCAGACUUAAUCAAGGCCGCUUCCCAGGUCGUUUUAUCCCUCGUCGUUAUCAGAAAACCCCUUCCGGCGAUGGGCCAAUCAGUGCCCCGUCCUGGCCCAGGAGAGGUCUUGAUCUGCGUCGAAGUCACUGGUCUUCUAGCCCUUGAUCAAAAAUUCCGCGACUUCGGCGUUUUCAGUAUUGCCUCUCGCCUUCCCUUGGUGCUCAGCAUCGAUAUCGUCGGCAUGGUCGUCGAAUACGGGAUUUCGAUCGCUCCAAGUGAUGUCCCUUUCCCACCUAUCGGUACGCGUGUCCUCUUCCAGGGGAAUCUUCGUCGACCGCAUGCCGGUGGCUUGGCCCCGUACGUUCUCGCCGAUCCUCGACUUCUGCUUCCCGUCCCAGUGGCAAUAUCGUCCCUUCAAGCUGCAACGCUAAUCACCAACCCCUUCACUGCGGCUCUUUCUCUGUUCCACUCAUCUGGCCUGGAGUUUCCCUUUCCUAACACUGAUACGACCUUCGAGUACCAAAAAGCCCAUCUCAUCGUCCUUGGCGCGGGCACAAACGUCGGCACUUUCAUCGUUCAACUUGCGGCGAUUGCGGGCAUCGGAACCAUCAUACCCACCUCUUCCAAGGCCUCCUUUGCAAAACUCCGAACCCUUGGGGCAACUCAUGUCGUUGACCGGUCCUCCUCUUCUAUUCGGUCCGAUGUUCAGACCAUCCUCGGCUCUCCUCCUUUGCAUGUCGUGGAGGCAUAUGCGUCUGGCCAUCCCACUCUAGCCGCCUCUCUUUUCGUUCCCACCAAUGUUUCGAAAGCCAUCGUCAUGUUGUCCUCCUCGACCGGUGCCGACAUUGAUGCCUUGGCUGAAAGGGGCAUUUCCUUGCGCAACAUCUAUGGCUCCUUCGAGGCUCAUCCUGAUAUGUUCCGAUUCUGGGCCUCGGCUCUUUCCAGGUGGUUGUUGUCUGGCCAGUUGGAGGCACCCUCUCAUGUCGUAAUCCUCAGUGCCGACCCGCACCUCGUCAACGCCGCACUCGAUGACAUCGGGAAAGGUAGUGGGGUAAGGUAUGUCGUCGACAUGGGAAGAGAGGAUGAUGUGGGGGAGGACAGAGGAGAUAUAUAG